CCACAUAUCACCUGGAAAGGAACAUGCUGGUAAUGGAGCUGGAGCCGAUGUGUACGCCACCACAUUCAUAAACCUGCCAUGGCCGCAGCACGCCACCACCGACGCAUGAGCCUCCAUGAAGAUGACUUUGAAGAUGCCCUCUUCGAACAACUCAAGCAGUCCCUCGACGUCCACGAGUGCGUCCAUUGCCGCAAGAGUGUCAAGGCGGCAAUCCCGUGUCAUGGCCAUUGCGGGCAUGCGUAUUACUGCUCCACGGACUGUCUCGUCUUCCACAGCCGUACACAUCGUCAUCAGUGUCUCCAUCACCUCGAGAGCGAUGCAAGUCUCCAUGGCGUCGAUAGCGACGACGACGACGACGACGACGACGACGACUUGCCGCCGUUCCUCAACUCGGCCAUCGACUCGAUCUUGCGGCAACUCCAACACGAAGCUGUGAUUCCAUCGACCCCAUAGUCUAUGGUCAUAAAUUAUACUUGUAAUUUAAUAGAACUAGUCCGUAUCGAAGUGAUGUGCUUUAGACCCAGAAUCCCACGAGGUUGCCGCAUGGACAGGUCGACACGAUGCAUGCGUCGUCCGCGGCGGCGGUUGUACUCGUGUCGAGUCGGGUGCCGCCGCCGAGUGAGCACAAUGUGCAGGAUGAUGUAGUGGGUUGUGGCAUUGGUGUGGAUUCAAUUUCGCAGACUACACAGGAUGUUCAUGAAGGUGGUGAGUCACACGGGGAGUGACGUACUCGGGUUGAGCCCGCCCAUCGUGGUUGAGCUGUUACGCCCCGGGUGGCGGCGUCUCAUGCAUUCCUUGGAGCAGAAGUAGAGGAGUCCCGAGCGCGAGAUGGAGAAGGACGCGCCAAACUUGCCGCAGGUAGCGCAGAAGUGCGGCUGGCCGGUCGCCACCGUCGUUCUUGCCAUGGUUUUAAAGUAUUGUGGAUUCGGUAUAAAUUUC